AUGGUAUUCUCGAAGCGAAUAGCAGCAACAUCAAUUGCUGGCUUGUCCUAUGAUUCAGAGUCACUGCCACUUCUUCCUGAAGAACUAAUAUCUGAAAUAUAUACUCCUAAGGCUUCCUGUGAAAACCUUGCUGAAGAUGCAAAAUCUUGUCGCUAUAAGAAAUACUUUAUAUGGAAUCCAUCCACAAGAGAAUUCAAAGAAUUGCCCCUUUCACAGAGGGAUAUCACUGGUUCAUAUCGUGAGACUUAUGGUUUUGGUUAUAAUGAGUGUCAAAAGGAUUACAAAAUUGUAGUCAUCAAGAGAAAGAAAGAUACCGAGUAUGGUUUAAGUUUUAUAGUUGUUUGGGAAGUAAUCUGUGUAUUCUAUGUUGAUGAUCAUCGAAUGGAUGUGUGGGUGAUGAAGGAGCAUGGACUUGGGGAGUCAUGGAAUUUGGUGAUCUCUGUCCCUCUUUGUAAUUUUGGUCGUCCUUGGCCAAUAUUCAUCUUCCAAAAUGAUGAAGUUUUACUGAAAGAUGGUUCAAG